AUGGAGCUCUCUCUGUGUCACACAAAAACUCACAACUUUUGCUCUUCUUCUAUCCCCAUACACAAAACCAGAGACCCUUCAACUCUCAACCCUUCUUGGGGAUUGAGACUUAGGCCAUGGCAGAAUCAUGGGUUAAGCUUAAUGCAGCAAAGAGUGGAUCACAAGAAAUCAACAUCAGCAGUGGUGGUUCGAUGUGCAGACACCGGUUGUUCGUCGGGGCCGGUGAGCGAGAUAGAAGGAGAGCUGGAGGCGGAGAUUCGACCAGAAGACGGAGCAGAGGAGUGGCUGAGAGUAGGGAGGCUGAGAGAGAAGUGUGGAGACAGAGGAAUGGUGGAGCUGUUGGAAUGUUUGGAACGUGAAGCCAUCAUGGGAGAAGAUGAAGGCAAGGAACCCAAUGACUACAACAGAAGGGCUCAGAUCUUUUAUAAGAGUUCCAGAGUUUUCCAGGCUCUCAAGGAACGUAACCAGUCUUGA